AUGGCAAAGGACUCUCCUCUGAGUCUAUCUAAGUUCUUGCUUGCUCUCGAAAUGGCCAUUGACAUUGAGGUAGACAUCAUAUCGGUGUCUCUAGGGUUCACAUUGAGCGCGUUUGAAAUGGAGUUGCAACAUAUGCUGUUUGAUGCCCUACGUGCUGUACAACAGAAUAACAUUAUACUCGUUGCUUCCGCAGGCAAUGACUUCGAGGAAGCAUCUGAUGUUUACCCCUGUUGGUAUGGUGGCCCACUCGGAAUGUGUGUCGCUUCCUUGUAUGACUACAUGUGGGACAAUAGGACUGAACCAGUGCUCUAUCUUGAGUCGAAUUAUGGUGAUAGAGUUGACGUCGCAGCCUAUGGUACUCAACUCGUGGUCGGCCGUGAUAAGGCAGGUGAGUUGAUAAAGUUCAGCGGCACAUCCGCUGCUCAACCGCAAGUGGCUGGUCUGGCUGCUAUCCUCCUGUCAAUGAAUGUCGAACCGUCGUUGGUGAAGCGACUGAUCCUGGCUAAUGCUGUUCCAGCCGGGCUCGAGAUGCCAGAAUAUUUCCCGCAGUAUAUACGUGGAGGUGCCAUCGAUCCUCUGAGGACUGUGGAACACGCUAUCAGCUUUCUCCCUUCGACAUCACGAGGCCUGUGA